GGCAACUCUCUAUACAGUUCAUAUUUGAUUUUUGACAGCUUAUCACAAUAUUCCGCUGAGAUGCGUAUAAGUUUAGCCAGUUUUGCUGCUUUUACGGCUAAACUAAAGGAAGUGCGCAUAAUAUUAGAUCCAAAAUGUGAUGCUUCCAAGGGCGCCAGGGAAUAUAUUGAGAAAUUUUAUCCCAAUCUGAAAAGAAACAAUCCCAACUUGGCCUUUUUGGUAAGAGAAUGCGCCGGCGUGCAGCCGAGACUAUGGGCACGCUAUGGCAAAGGCAAGGAAGUCUCAAUCUCGCUGAGAAACCAAUCCGCUCCAGACAUACAGAAGCACUUGGAGGCGGUUGGCAGAUGAAGCGACCAGAAGAGUACAGAGUUGUAUUAUGGCAUCAAUUGUAGGCUAAAUUAAAGAGAGUGAAUGCUAGUAAC